AGGACGCGUAUAGACGUUAGCAAUUUAGCAUCACCAAACCGUCACCCUACUAUUAACGCGUCUUCUUCAUCUUCCAUAUAUACAUACACCUGCAAAACCCUAAUUCACUCAUAACUUCAAAACCUACCUCCAAUGGCCAAAAAACCUUCAAUCACCGACGUUGAGAAAGUCUUCAACAAGUUCGACGCUAACGGCGACGGUCAGAUCGACAUCUCCGAACUCGGAUCCAUUCUCGGAGCACUCGGAUCCGAGACUCCAGAGGAAGAACUAAAAGUUGUGAUGACGGAGAUUGAUACUGACGGUAACGGCGUCAUUGAUCUCAACGAGUUCACCGAGUUUCAGCGGCGAGGAUGCAGCGGUUCCGACGGAGAUGCAGUGAAUAAGGAGCUGCGUGACGCGUUUGAUCUGUACGAUCAGGAUAAGAACGGUAAGAUCUCGGCCGUUGAGUUGCAUUCGGUUUUGAAAAGUUUAGGUGAGAAGUGUUCGUUGAAUGAUUGUUGUAAGAUGAUUGAAUCGGUUGAUGUGGACGGUGAUGGUUGCGUGAAUUUUGAAGAGUUUAAGAAGAUGAUGAGUAAGUAACGGUCGUUAGUAGUGUUGAUUAGUCUUCUGUCUGUGCAUAAGUUUUCAUGUGAGUAAUCAGGUAGUUUGUUUUGUUUCUAGAUUUUCAGUGAAUUUAGAUGCAGAAUUGUAGUAAUAUUGCUGUAAUUUGGUUUCGUUCGUAUUAUGGAUGGUUUAAAUCAGUUUAAUAUUUUUGAUGAACAUGUUCAUAGCAACAA